AUGUCAGAUGAAGUUCUUAAAAGUGAACAUAAAAUAGGAUCGUUAUGGCUUGGCAUGGAUUUUUACUUAGUUAUAUGCGACCCAGAUGUAAUUGACAAUUUAUCGAAGGAAUGUCUUGAGAAACCGGAAAUUGUCAGCAUACUAGGUAGAUUUUUGACCGGAAAUGGAACAAUAUUUGCACCAGCUAACAUUUGGCGAACUCGGCGUAAAUUGAUGAUGCCGUCAUUUUCCCAGAAGAACCUAAACAAUUUUGUCAAUGUGUUUUCUCAAUGCAGCAUAGCAACAGCGGCUAGAUUAAAGGCUAAGUGCGAUGGUGGCGAUUUUUCUGUUUGGUCGUACUUCAUUACUUACUCCAUGAACGCUAUUUGUGAGACCGGCCUAGGGUUGAGGGGUCAAGCAAAAGCCGAGAACAACGCAAAACUCCUUGAAGCCUUCGAGGAGUACAUCAAUUGCGCGUCGGACCUGGCUUUCAGACCCUGGUGUUACGUGGUGGAAUCAAUCUUCAGGAGGACUGCAGACCACAAAACGUUAACCAAGAACAAGAAUAUAAUGACCAACAUUAUAAAUGAAAUUAUUCAAGACAAGAGAAAUAAGAUUCGGGAAAGUGGAAAUAAACUUAGAAGCGACGGAGGAAAAUUGACUAAAGGCGAUACCGACUUUUCAAUUCUGGACUAUCUAUUGGAGAAUUAUGGUGAUACGAUGACAGAUUUGGAGCUUCUUGAAGAAAUCUUAGUGCUGGCUGUGGGUGGUACAGACACGUCUACCGUGGCUGUCUGUUUCACGGCAAUUUUACUAUCGAAGCACCCUGAUGUACAGGAGAAGGUUUAUCAAGAGGUUAAAGAAGUAAUGGGAGACACAAUAAGACCGAUAGAUUACAAUGAUCUACCGAAAUUAAAGUACUUGGAAGCGGUUCUGAAGGAAGCUUUGCGGCUCUAUCCAUCGGCACCUUUUGUCGGUCGCUUGGUCGAUAAGGAUGUUACACUGCCGUCAGGUAAAUUUAUACCUAAAGGCACGACAGUAGGAUUCAACAUGUGGGGAAUGCAUCGCCACCCAAAGUACUGGGGGGAUGACCCCGAAAGAUUUGACCCAGAGCGUUUUAUUAAUCCAAACAUCACGCAUCCAGUAGCGUACAUACCAUUUAGUUACGGACCUAGAAACUGUAUAGGUGGAAAAUACGCCAUGCUUUCCCUGAAGACGUUACUGGCCACUCUAUUAUCCCGUUACGAAAUACUCCCACCGGCAUCGUUGCCCCCGGACCAACCUUUUCGUAUAGAAUAUAAAAUUAUGCUGAAAGAUGUGAAUAAUUUUCAGAUACGAUUGAAAAAAAGAGAGUUAGAGUGUAAAUUGACAAAGUAA